AUUUUUGCCUUCCAGGUUCAAAGUGUUAGCCAAUCAGUACAAAGCAAUAUAUCCUACCUUAGAGAUAGAUAUUGAAGGGGAAUUGAAAAAGCUCAAGGGCUGCAUGGAAAAAAUAAAACCAAUGGUAAGGGAUGGUGUUUAUUUCAUGUAUGAAGCUUUACAUGGACCACCAAAGAAGAUCUUAGUAGAAGGUGCAAAUGCAGCACUGCUGGACAUAGAUUUUGGCACAUAUCCUUUUGUGACUUCAUCAAACUGCACAGUUGGAGGUGUGUGUACAGGUCUGGGCAUGCCACCGCAGAAUGUUGGGGAAGUGUAUGGAGUUGUGAAAGCAUAUACAACGAGAGUUGGAAUUGGUGCCUUUCCUACAGAACAAAAUAAUGAAAUUGGAGAACUGCUGCAAAUGAGAGGUAAAGAGUUUGGUGUUACUACUGGUAGAAAGAGAAGAUGUGGCUGGCUGGACCUUGUGUUACUCCGAUAUGCCUACAUGAUUAAUGGAUUUACCGCAUUGGCGCUUACCAAAUUGGAUAUCUUGGAUGUAUUUCCAGAAAUCAAAGUUGGUGUUGCAUACAAACUAGAUGGUGAAAUCAUACCUCAUUUUCCUGCCAACCAGGAAGUCUUAAAUAAAGUAGAGGUUCAGUAUGAGACACUCCCAGGAUGGGAUACGGACAUAUCAAAUGCAAGGACAUUUGAUGACCUGCCUGUAAAUGCACAAAAUUAUGUUCGCUUUAUAGAAAUGGAGUUGGGUGUUCCUGUUAAAUGGAUUGGAGUAGGGAAAUCCAGGGAAUCAAUGAUCCAGCUGUUUUAAAGAUUUCAGAUGCAUGGAAGAAAGCACACUCCUCAAAAGACUGCUCAUUCUUAAUGCAUUAGUAGCCCGCAAAGCAAAGAUGUUGGAAAGAUAGAUUUUUGCAUGGAAAGAAAUGCCAGAGUUGAUACCCCCAAAUCAAUCGCUACUCCUGAAAGAGACUUUAACAUGAACCUGUAUCAGUUCUUGUUCGACUGCAACUUCCAGGACACUUGUCAUUGUUGUUCGAGGUGCCAUUGGAUUUUUUUUUCCUUUACCUAAUAUUAACUUCAUAAUGUAAUAUCUGUUUGAAAAUCUAAGGCAGCAUUACUUUCAUGACUGUUUGUUAUCCUCUCUCUGCUUUUGGCGGUGUUACUUCCCUGAAAUUUUAGACAGUAAAAAUAAUGCAGUUUUGCACAGAUAGUUUUACAUCCUCAUUAUUUGUAUUCCUAAAGCUGUUGUAUUCUUAAUGGCUGCUCUUGUGAGUGAUUAAAGAGGGGGGAUUCUGAUUUUAUAAUGCUAUAAA